GGCAGGCGCCACAGGAGGUUUGGCGGUGCCCGGCUCCCCGGCAGGACGAGCCCGGCGCUGCUGGCAUGGAGAGCGCGGCGGAGAUGGGCGCGGAGGCUGCGGGCAGCGCGCACGGCGCCGGGAUGCGCCUCCGCCAGGACCUGCGGAGGAUCCGCUGCGCGCUGCUGCUCUGCCUGCUGGCCGUGCUGCUGCUGAUGCUGCCCACAGCCUACCUGCUGCUCGGGAACCUGCGGGCGCCCAGCUCCUGCGGCAGCCAGGUCACCGAGGAGAGGGGCUCUCACUUUCUGAAGCAACGAGCAGUGGCUGCUGUUACAGACACACUUUCCAGCGCAGAGAAGCCACGAGCUCACCUGACAGUGAAGAAGCAGGACCUGGCCAGCACCGUGGGGAGCCACCUGCCCAUCCUGCAGUGGGAAGACAAGCGAGGCUUGGCCUUCACCAAGAACAACCUGAGUUAUUCCAGCAACGCCCUGGUGAUUCCUGUCUCUGGGGACUACUACGUGUACGCCCAGGUCACCUUCCGAGGGCCCGUUGAGAGCAGCCACAAGGCCAGCUCUGUCACUGAGAUCAUCACCAAGGUCACCGACAGCUACCCCGAGCCCACCCAGCUGCUGACGGGCACCAAGACCCUCAGUGAGAACGGCAAUGGUUGGUUCCAGCCCAUUUAUUUGGGCGCUGUUGUCUCCUUGGAGGUGGGAGACAAGCUGAUGGUCAACGUGAGUGACAUCAAGCUGGUGGAUUACACCAAGGAGCACAAAACUUUCUUUGGGGCAUUUCUGCUGUAGGGCUCUGGAAGCAGCUGGUGGGAGAUCCCUGCGGGGUCAUCGAGGCCAUCUUGAUGGAUUUUGGUUUUGUGGGCGCGUGUUGGGGUGAGAUCUCUGCUGUUUUCCUUCUUCUUCUUCUUCUUCUGUGCCAUCACUCCCCUGCAGCUUGCUAGAGCCUUAAUUU